CACUGAUAAACGUUGAAACUGAUGAGAAACCGCGGGAGCAGUUCAGUGAUUCUCGCUAGUGCUGGAGGAGCGUUCAUUUUGGCAAGGAAAUGUACUGAUUUUGCAAGGACAUGGAGAAUAAAGAGUUCAAGGAGUCAGAGGUCAGUGGGAAUGACCUCACCCUCAUAGACCUGGAUGACCCCAUCAAUGACGAUGAUGUUAUGAAGGAAGACAGAUCUGAUAAAGAUCACAGAGAGGUUGAGAGACAGACCACGUUGGAAGAGGCUGUUCUAGAGACAGAUAUCCAAACUCUGUCACUAGAGGCUGAAGGAGAGAUUGAGAUGCAGGAGGCUGAUCUGAAGACAGAUGGCACGUCUCAGUCACAGAAGGUUGAAGGAGAGAUUGAGUUGGACGAUGCUGUUGCCAUCCCACCUCAGUCACAGGAGGUUGAAGGAGAGAGUGAGUUGGACGAUGCUGUUGCCAUCCCACCUCAGUCACAGGAGGUUGAAGGAGAGAGUGAGUUGGACGAUGCUGUUGCCAUCCCUCCUCAGUCACAGGAGGUUGAAGGAGAGAGUGAGUUGGACGAUGCUGUUGCCAUCCCACCUCAGUCACAGGAGGUUGAAGGAGAGCGUGAGUUGGACGAUGCUGUUGCCAUCCCAUCUCAGUCACAGGAGGAGGCCAAAGGUGAGAGUGAGUUGAAUCAGGUUGAUCUGAAGACAGCCACAUCAACUCUGACACUGGAGGUCGAAGGAGAGAGUGUGAUGCAGGAGAGUGAUGAUCUACAAACAGCCGGGACAUCUCAAUCCCAAGAGACUGAACGAGUGGCAAAGGCUGCAGCCUCCCAGACCAGCCUCACCCUUAGCAGGGGAAAGAGAAGCUGCCCAGACCUACACACCUUUGUGCAGGACAUGAAGGAUGGCCAUUGGAAUCUGCUGAGUGAGAAUAUGCGCGCCGGGGUCCAUGACUUCCUUGCUGAGUGAGGAUGAAGAGCGAUAUGUCUCCUCACCUGAGGGUGGUGAUAGAGAAAUGAGACACAGACCCCACUCAGCACCACUGAGAUCUGUGUUUGGAAUCUCUGAGGAUUCUGUCUUCAACAUGGUCCAGAGCGGCCAGUCGCAGAGUGACAUCGUACUGUCGUCCAGUUGGAGUAGACGGGAGAAAUACAGACCUGUCAAAAUACCAACGGACACCAGGUUUAUGAUGGGUAUUGUAGAGUUGGUUAUGAACCUUCUCAACUCCAGAUUGGCUGAGCUAAUGCAAAGUCUCAGUCGGGGAACUAUAGGUCCGCUGUCUGGUAAUUACUCAGCAAGUCAGCAGUUUGCCCAAGAGAUGCUAAGCAUGGUGUCUGCUAAGAUGUAUUCCCAUGCCAUAGAGCAUAUUGCACAUGGCCACAAGUCUCCUCUUGAGUUAGAGAGGGACC